AUGUCCAUUCAUCUUCACUUCAUUUCCUUCCAUUACCAUCCUUCUAUCAUUUUCUUUUUUGUUCAUUCAUCUGCUGCCUUUUUACUUAACUACUCCCUCAUCUUUCUUUUUUUUUCCUCAACCCUUGUUUUCUGCUUCCUUUCUUUCUUUCAAAUUCAGCCAUUUGCCACAUUGCAUUUUUCUCUUCCUCUUUUUCUCUACGCAUCUUCUAUUUCUCGCAUUUCCGUCUCUCUGUUUCUCAGUCCCUUUCCUUAUAUCACUGUGACCUCAAAAUAUUUUAUCACUCUCUAUUUCUCUCUCGGUCUUUUCAUUUCUCUCAAUUUCUUAACUCUUUCUUUACUAAGAAUUCUUUCUUUUUGUUUGUUUGUUUCUUUCUUUCUUUCUCCAUGCGUUAUUUCCUUUUCUUCUACUUUCUUUUCUUUCUCAACGGUUUUCUCUCUCUCUUUACUGCUUUUCUCUCUUUCUAAAUCCUUUCCCUCUUCCUUUCCCUCUCCCUCUCCCUCUAUCUCUCUGUUCCGUCUCUUAUCUUGUGCUGUCUUUCUUACUUCACUUCCCACCUUUUCUGAAAUACUCUACUUUCUUAGCGCACUUUCUCUCUCUUUACGACAUCUUUUUCAAUACUUCAUCAUUUCCUUCUCUUCUCUCUCUUCUCUCUCUCUCUCUCUCUCUCUUAAUUCUUUCUUCUUUUCAUGUCUUUCUCUCCCCUUUUUUAUUUUCUCCUUAUCAAACUUUCCCUCUCUUUCUUAA